CUCAAAUUAUACCCUUCAAAACUAAUAUCCCCUCAGCUACGAUUUCACGAGAGAGAAGGCCUUGGCCAAAUGUCGUUGACGGCAACUUUUCAAAUGGGGCGGAUGCUCUCUCCCGUCGUCACCCGCCCGGUCAUAAAAGCUUACAAUCCUCAGCUCUUUUCGCUCCCCUCCCAUGAUUGUCUUUCAAUUAAACCUGUGUAUCUUCGCUCCGGAUCUUCCGCACCUUCCGUACGCCGCGACGCCUCCACCACCGCCAUGGGUGACCCCGUCGCCGAUGCCAACAUGGACGCUGUCCAACGCCGUCUCAUGUUUGACGACGAGUGUAUUUUGGUAGAUGAAAAUGAUAGUGUCGUUGGUCAUGAUACCAAGUACAAUUGUCAUCUUAUGGAGAAGAUUGAAUCCGAGAAUUUGCUUCACAGAGCCUUCAGUGUUUUCUUAUUUAACUCAAAAUAUGAAUUGCUUCUUCAGCAAAGGUCUGCGACAAAGGUCACCUUCCCUUUGGUGUGGACUAACACCUGCUGCAGUCAUCCUCUCUACCGAGAGUCUGAGCUUAUUGAGCAAAAUGCUAUUGGGGCGAGGAAUGCAGCACAAAGGAAACUUCUUGAUGAGUUGGGGAUCCCUGCAAAGGAUGUCCCAGUUGAUCAGUUCACACCAUUGGCUAGGAUCCUUUAUAAAGCACCUUCUGACGGGAAGUGGGGAGAGCAUGAACGAUCCCGAUACACGUACUCUUGUCGCCCUUGCCUUCAUGCCCAGGUGGUCCUGCAUCAAUCUCAUGAAUGAUAGACCUCGUACCAACCAUAUUGAAGUUUUGAUUAUCUUCUCUUCAUCGUGCGGGAUGUCCGGCUGCACCCGAACCCAGAUGAGGUUGCUGAUGUUAAAUAUGUGAAUAGAGAAGAGCUGAAAGAAAUAUUAAGUAAAGCAGAUGCAGGAGAGGACGGUAUAAAGCUAUCUCCUUGGUUCAGACUGGUUGUCCAUAAUUUCUUAUUCAAAUGGUGGGAUCAUGUUGAGAAAGGCUCCCUCAUGGAAGCUGCUGAUAUGAAAACCAUACACAAGUUGACCUAAAGGACGUUUUGUCUGUGCUGUUGUUGAACCCUGCCUCUCGACUUUUUUUGAAAACCAUACACAUGUUGACCUAAAGGACGUUUUUUCUGUGCUUCUGUUGUUGAACCCCGCCUCUUGAAUUUUUUGGCCUGUCGCUCUACUGCAUUUGUGUGAUUUUAAUAAUUGAUAAAUACUCGGCUUAUUAUCUCAAUGAGUGUUUUUCAACUGUACUUUUCUUUCAAGUUUUCAUUUGUAUUUGUAGACUAUUGUGGGUUCUUUUUGUUCUUUUGAAUGGCAAAUAUACGAAGUGUGAGGGGUGUUCCUGUUUA